AUGUCCUCCGCCGCCGCCGGCCAAGCCUCCUCCUCCUCCUCCUCCCCGGCCUCUCAAUUUCGCUACGACGUCUUUCUGAGCUUCAGAGGAUCCGACACUCGCUACGGCUUCGUCAGCCAUCUCUACAACGCUCUCAAGGAGAAAGGGGUCAGCACUUUCAAGGACGACCAGAAGCUGGAGCGCGGCAAGCUGAUUUCGCCGGAGAUUCUCCGCGUAAUCGAACUGUCUAGGUUUUCAAUCGUCGUUUUCUCCAAAGAUUAUGCUUCCUCUCCAUGGUGCUUGGAAGAACUCCAGAUCAUCAUUCAGUGUAUGGAGCACGAGAACAAGAGCCACACUGUUAUCCCGGUCUUCUACAGCGUGGAUCCAUCGGAUGUCGGCGAGGUCCGGAACAGUUACGCGGCUUCGUUUGCUCAACACGAGGUGGAUUUCCCCGAUGAUGCUGAAAUGCUCCGGAAUUGGAAGGCUGCUCUCAAGAAGGCCGCCGAAUUAAGCGGCUGGGACUCGCGUCAUAAGGAGGAACCAGCUCUUAUUCAGGAGAUUGUGGAAGAUGUAGUGAACAAGUUGGGUCGUCGAUUCUCAAACAAGCCUUCAGGACUGGUAGGAAUUGAGCGACGAAUCAAGGACGUGGAGUUGCUGCUAAGCACAGGUUUGGUUGAUGUUAGAGUGGUUGGAAUUUGGGGGAUGGCAGGAAUUGGUAAAUCCGUUCUUGCCGAAGCUGUUUACCACCACAUCUCUCAUAAAUUCGAUGCUUGCUGCAUUCUUAAGAACGUUAGAGAUGUUGCAGAGAAACGUGGCCUCGAUCAUCUGCGCAGAAAACUCCUCUCUGCUUUGAUUGCUGAAGAUGGUCUGAGGAUUUUGGACAAGAAUUUGGAUGUACUAAUGAGGGGAAGGCUUCGCAACAAAUGUAUCCUUGUUGUUCUUGAUGAUGUUUCUAACGUAAAUCAAUUGACAAGCUUAGCAGGAGAUCGCGAUUGGUUCGGACCAGGGAGCAGAAUCAUCAUCACAAGUAAAGAUAAGCACUUGCUGGAGCAACAUGAGGUGGAUUCAGUUUAUGAGGCUAAGCCUUUAAGUGAGUCGGAAUCGCUUCAGCUCUUUUGCCAACAUGCUUUCAAGAAGCGUUCGAGGAUGCAGGAAUUUAUGGGAUUGUCUCGGAGUGUUGUGAACUAUGCUCGUGGUCUUCCUUUAGCUCUGCAAGUUUUGGGAUCUUCUUUGUUCAACAUGGACAGAGGUGAUUGGGAGAGCAAGUUGAAGGUCUUGGAAGAAUUUCCACCUCAGGACAUAGUCCAGAUCCUGAGACAAAGCUUUGAUGUGCUUGAUAGGUCCGAGAAGAACAUAUUCCUCGAUGUUGCUUGUUUCUUUAAAGGGGAGGAUGAGGAGUAUGUUGUGAGCAUACUAGAAGGUUGUGGUUCCUCUGCACGCUAUGGACUGAAAGUCCUCCUCCUGAAAUCUCUCAUAACCAUCCAAGACAACAAAGUCUGGAUGCAUGAUCUGUUGCAGCAGAUGGCAUGGGAAGUUGUCCGACAAGAGUCUUUGCAUGAGGUUGGAAUGCGCAGCAGGUUGUGGAAUCAUCUGGAUGUGUUCGAUGUACUAGUGCAAAACACGGGUACGAAAGAUGUUGAAAGCAUUGUCCUUGAUCUUUCCAAAGUUCAGGAAAACAUGUCUCUCAAAGGUGGAGCUUUCCACAAGAUGAAUAGGCUCAGAUUGCUUAAAGUCUGUUAUCCUCACCAUUCUGGAGGUUCUGAGUACGUACUCAACAAAGAACCAUCCCUUGACAUCGAUGAAAACAGGGGAAAUGAUGCUCAGCUUUCUGGGAAGUUCAAACCUCUUGUUCGUAAGUUGGAGAGUCUUAGAGUAAUAGACACCACAACAGAAGGCUCUUCUAGGUUGCAUAUGGCAAGUAAGUUGACAGCUCUUUCAAAUGAACUGAGGAGCCUACACUGGCACGGGUAUCCAUUUGAGUCCUUGCCUGCGAACUUUUACCCACGCAACCUCGUGGAAUUCAACCUGUCAUUCAGUAGCUUGAAGAAUUUAUGGAGAGGAAACAAGGUUUUUGAUAAAAUGAAGUACAUGAAA